CUGUUCUUUUCUUUUCUAUUCUUUUUUGCCUCUUUUUCUGAGAUGAGUUUCCAAGGCAUUUCCUCCGUCGUGGGAAAUGCAGAGGAAAUGCGAUUAGUUCAGUGGAAUUCGUUGCUUACUCUCCCUCUCCUGGAACCUUCCAACAACAUCAUCUAAAAGCGUCUGGAAAACAUAAAUAAAAAUCUCUCUGAUUUUCAUCUUCAUUCAUGAGAUCUCAGAGAAAAAUGGCGACGGUGGUAGCGAGCGCGGCCAAGCAAGCAGAGCUUCUGAAACAAGACGGGAACUUGUGCUUCAAGAAAGAUCGAUUCGGAGCCGCCAUCGAUGCUUACACCGAGGCUAUUACUCUUUGCCCAGAUGUGCCGGUUUAUUGGACAAAUCGAGCAUUGUGCUAUCGGAAGAAGAACAAUUGGACGAAGGUGGAGGAGGAUUGCAGGAAAGCUAUUGAACUCGAUGGCAGUUCCGUCAAGGGCCACUAUAUGCUGGGACUUGCACUGCUAGAGAGGCAAGAAUAUGCUGAAGGAGUGAAGGAAUUGGACAAGGCUUUGGAUCUUGGGAGGGGAGCAAACCCCAAUGGCUACAUGGUGGAGGAGAUCUGGCAGGAGCUUGCCAAAGCAAAGUACCUUGAGUGGGAAGAUGCAUCUAGUAAACGAGAGUGGAAGCUGCGGACCUUAAAAGAAGCGUGCGAAACAGCUUUAGCGGAGAAACAUUUUCUGGAUUCUUCUCAACCACAAGAUGGCAAUGAUGAAGAUGCAAAUGCUCAAUCAGAAGAAUUGAAAUCUCUGGAGGAGGUGUUCAGGAUAGCAGCGGAGGCGGAUAGACCGACUGAGGUGCCUGAUUACCUCUGCUGUAAAAUCACAUUCGACAUCUUCCGCGAUCCUGUCAUCACUCCUAGUGGGGUCACGUACGAGAGGGCAGUGCUCCUUGAUCAUCUUCAGAAGGUGGGGAAGUUUGAUCCAAUCACGAGGGAGCCGCUCGACCAACACCAGCUGGCACCGAACCUUGCCAUCAAGGAAGCAGUUCAAGCAUACCUAGACAAGCAUGGAUGGGCUUACAAGACAAGCUGACGAUUAUCAUUAGAAAGGGCUUGGGAGGGGAGAUUCUUAUGUGUACUGGGCAACAGUUUCCCCUGGAGUCUGUUCUGUUUGGCACCCUUUUCUGUCUUUCUGCUUUGGCUUUCAGGCCUUCAUUGAUGCGUGUGGUGUGGUUUUCCAUUGUUCCUUUCAUUUUUACCUCCCUCACGGUCGUAAAGCUGCCAUCUGUGUUUGUAUGUAGAUGGUGGUCAACCGCCAGUUCUUAUUUCUUGUUUUCUUUGUACAGUUUGGCAGUAGACUAGAUUUUACAUAUUUAAAAGACAUAUAUAGAGUAGUGAGCCACAAACAGUUUCUCCAUUCUUGGAAGGCAAACUGUAUGCAUUCUCAGGUAUUUUUCAUCAUGUGUGCUUUCCUUGCAUUUGGCAUGGAAAGCUUUUCUUUUC